AUCACUGGGCCGGGGGCUGCUGCCCUCUUUACCAGAACAGCCCGGCUGCUCGCCACCUCCCGAGGACGCUCCCAGGAGUAUGACUCGGGCAAUGACACCUCCUCGCCACCCUCCAUGCAGAUCAGCUCAGCCAGGUCUCGGGGUCAGGAGAAGGAGAGCCCCACUGGGGGCCUGAACAAGAGCCGGGGCCCCAGCAGCGGCAACACCUCUGAUUCCGGGAACUCCUUCACCACCUCCUCCCCCCAGAACGAGGGGGCCGCUUUGGAGAAUCUCUCCCCCACCAGCAGGGGCAGAGAGUCAAGAGGGUUCCAGUCGCCAUGUCUGGAAUGCACCGAGGUGAAGAAGUCCAGUUUGGUCCCCUCCACAGCCCGGAGCUCGCCCAUGAGAGGGUGCUCCCGCAGCUCCUCCUGUGCCAGCACCCACUCCUCCAGCCACUCCUCCCGAUCCCCAAACCCCAGGGCCUCCCCCAGGUACACCAGGAGCCGAUCCACCUCGUCUGGGAAAAGGUCCUCCUCCCGGUCUCCCAGCUAUUCCUCCAACUCUGGCAAGAGGAGCCCGCCUAGCAGAAGCUCUAGGUCCCGCCGCAGCCCCAGCUACUCCCGCUACAGUCCCAGCAGGGAGCGGGACCCCAAGUACAGCGAGAAGGAUUCGCAGCAGCGGGAGCGCGGGCGAGCGCGGCGGAGACGUCGGUCCUACUCGCCCAUGCGGAAGCGCCGGAGAGACUCCCCGAGCCACCUGGAGGCGCGGAGGAUAACGAGUGCCCGGAAACGCCCCAUCCCCUACUACCGGCCCAGCCCCUCUUCAUCCAGCGGCCUCAGCAGCACCUCCUCCUGGUACAGCCGCUCAGCCAGCCGAAGCUCUUCCCGGAGCCCGAGCCACAGCCGCAGCAGCCGCAGCCACAGCCACAGCCGCAGCCGCACCCGGACCCGCACUAGCAGCAGCUGCAGCUCCCGCAGCCGCAGCCUGGGCUCUCGGAGCCGGAGCCGGAGCCGGAGCCGGAGCCGGAGCUACAGCUCAGCAGACAGCUACUCCAGCACAAGGCGCUAAGCAAAGGCCCUCCCUUGAGCCAGCUGCCUGUGGUGCCCCUUUCACUCUGCCAGCCUCCCCCACUCCCUGCCCACCCUGCCUUCUCCUUAGUACAGACAUUGAGGGCUCCUGGGCCCUGUCCUUCCUGCUCCCCUGGGGGCGGGAGAAAAAGAGGGUAUGGGGGCUUCAGCCUCUAUGUCGAGCUCCUAGGAGCGUCCACCACGCCACCCUGGGGCUCAACUCAGGCCUGAGCAUAUGGAGUGAACCACCUUCUGUUGGCACAGAGAAAUCUCAAAGGUUGAAGGGCCGGAAGAAAAUAAAGAAGCAGGGCAUGGACUCCAUUUGCAGGGUGAGGUGGGAGCAGCUGAGUCCUGCAGUCAGACACGGGAGACCUCCAGGUGCUGCCCCCUGGGAACUCUUGUGGCCUGGGUUAAAGCCCUCUGUGUGAGCUUGAACUUCUCUCCAAGCCCAGCCAUCCAGUGUAUUCCAAGGAGAGACCAGGAUGGCUUUGCCCGUGCUCUGGAUUUCACCACCAUGUAUCGUGUCAGGCCAUGUUUUGUACAAUUGUUCAAACAAGCCAGUGACACAGGUCAUAUUUCCACUUUUCAGAUGAGAAAACUGAGGCCCGGGAAGCGGGAACUGACGUGCCCAGGCUCCCUUGAGCUCCGAUCUGCCUGACUCCACGCCCCACCCACGCUCUUCUCGGUAGCUCUUUCUUGCCAGGCCUAGGCUGUGAGGGCUUCUCUGUGUGCUGUAUCUUUUCUCUCCCAAUACCCAGCUGUUUCCUCCAGCAGCCAUUGGCCAAGGACCUAGUAAAAUCUACCACAUCAGCCCUGGGGGCUUGAUGCACGUCGGGGGCUGGAACUCCCACCUGGAAAACCCCAACCUGGGGGACCCACCACCAGCCCAGCUCAGCCUGAGCAGCCAGCCUCUGCCCACGUGCCCACAUCAGCGGGGGAGAAGCUCCUGUGUUCUCCAGCAUCCUGGGACCCUGUCCUCUACCCAGUGAUACAGUGGCCAUGGCUUGUUUGAUAUCUGGUGUCCACAGCUAAGCAUAACCUACCCAAGGUUUCCGAUUUUUUUCAGCCUGUACGAAACGUGUCUCUGUUCUAAUAAAAGGUUCCAUGGUAUGGUGUUCUCAUCCGUGGCCCAGCGUCCUCUGUCCGCGUAGGGUGCCCAGAAGCAGGGGGAGGGUGGCUGGGUGGCUGGGAGACGGGGACAGAGAACAGCCGAGCGGCACCUGCUUUGGUGCUACACAUCAUCACAGCGCUCAUCUCGCCCCUUUCCUCACAACAAGCCUGUAAGUAUUUUGGGUUCAUAUAUACAUUCAGAGCAGCCACCUUUCCCUAAGCCUUCUUAUCUUAGUCUUCAGCACAACCUCUAUUAGGUAUAGGUAUUAAGAUCUCUUUUCUACCAAGAAGGAAACUGAGGCCCGGAAAAGCAAAGGCACCAGCCCAAGGUCACAGAAUCGGUGAUAGGAUCCCGGCGGGCUCACUCCAGACCCCAGGCUGUUCACUGCUCUGCCCUACAACACAUCCGCUUAUGCCGUAAGUGACCACUUUCCCUUGGUACAAUGGUUUUUCUCCGAGGCCUUCACGGUCAGGAGGAAGUUCAGCGCAGGG